AUGGGCAGUAAGAGAAGCAGAUCAGAGGAAGUUGGUGAAGAAAAAGAGGCAAAACGUAAUUAUGUCCCAAGAUACACGCCUGGGAAAAGGCCAAGAAGCGGAUCAUUACCUAAGGUUGAUUACGUUCAUCCUUUAGAUCCCACCGAGGAGCUAAUUGUGGAUCAAGAAUGGACCAUUCCAAAGCUCAAUUUGUUCAUUGCCUUCACAUUAGAUAAUUUGGUAGAAGCACACAGGACUUUAUUUAAACAUUUCAUCAAAUUGCCAAGUAGAAAGUUCCACCCCCAAUAUUAUUACAAGAUCGACCAGCCAAUUUCUAUCAAUGAGAUCAAGAGCAGAGACUACGAGUAUAGCGGAGGUGAAACGAAGUUCCUUCUUGAUUGCGAACUGAUUUACAAAAACUGUCUUUCUUACAACGAUCCGGACUCUUUGAUCGUGAAGAACGCACAACAAGUAGUAUUUUUUAUCAAGAACGAGGUUCUAAAAGUCAAGAAUGCAACGAAGAACUAUUUGGUUAACGAAGAUGUCAAAAAACGUUUAUUGGAUAUAUUGGAUAUCUUGCUUAACGUUACAGAUAGAAAGAUGGCUAACAUUUUGGAAGAAGGCGACGGUUCAACGGGGGACAACGGUUCUAACAGCAAUCUGGAUGAUACGCUUAAAAUUUGUGAACCAUUCCUCGAGUUGGUAGAUAAAGAUGAAUACCCAGAGUAUGAAGAAGUGAUUGAACAUCCAAACUCCCUAAAUUUGGUGAAAAGCAAUCUCGAACAUGGCUAUUAUCACAAAAUAUACGAUUUCGUAACGGAUGUUAAUAUUACGUUCCAAAACGCCUUGAUUUUUAAUGAUGAAGACACUACCAUAUACAGUGAUGCUUCCAAGCUAUUGAAAUGCUUUAAUGUUUUGAUUCGCAAGAAGUUUUUCCCUGAAUUAGAGUCUGCAAGAGAGAAAGGUGAAAUUACUCUUGAAUAUGAUAAGAUAGAAUAUAAGAAGUUUGUGCAAGAGGUGGAAGAAGAAGAGCCAAUUUUAUCUGAUGAUGAUGAGACCAACGAAGAGUAUAAUCACAUGGAAGGUUUAGGAAAUGGAUACAAUCGUGGACCGUUGGCUAGAGACUACCUUCUUGGACCUUCGCGGACAAAUGCCAAUAGCGAUUCAAAAACAGACAAUGCUGAAGUGGAAAAACCUGCCAUUCCUUUAAAGUUCAACAUUCUUCCAGUGAUCAAGAAACAUAACAUUGAGCUGAAGAAAGAACCUCUUUAUUUCAAUCUGAUAAGGAAGAUUCAGGUUUCCUCGUCCAGGAGCUUGUAUGAACAGGCUAUACGACCAUUGAAGGGUCUAUAUAACGAUAUGAACAAGAUCACGUGGUUCGAAUAUAUCUUCACAGAUGGCUCUUUGUCUCAUGAGAAUAGCGAUUAUUCGAUCACUCUACCCCCCAAGCAAAACUCAGUUUCCAUAAUUUCAGAAUUAGCAUAUCCAAUCUCGGAACAAAAUCCUGCCAUUGUAGUGGUAAACAAGGACAGAGUAAACCCAAUUCCUGUCUUAAAUGGUGAUGCAUUUGACGAGAAAAAGGCUAGAUAUGAUAUCAAGUUAACUGAGGGCACAAAUCGAGUAAUAUUUUCCAUUAGAAACAACGUAAGAAAUGUGACUGAAACGGUUAAGUUCUGGAUAAAUGUCUUACCUUAA